AGAAGUGACAUGAUGAUUUAUUUGCAGACACUGACAGGAAAAACCCUCAAUUUGCCCUUCAGACACGCAUGGACCAUCAAUGACAUUAAACGAAUCGUUCAGAAGCAAGAGAAUAUCUCUCCGGAUCAACAAUGGCUGGUGUAUGAAGGAAGGUAUCUUGAGGACGAGAAAACGUUACAGGACUAUGGAAUCCCACCCUUUUCUACUCUACACUUGAUUGUG